AUGGCAAAAAACUCUUCGGAUAAAAAAAAAGCGCGGUUUGUGGCAGAAACGGAGCCUUACGACGACGAUUUAACUCAGAUGGAGGAGGAGAGACCUACAAAGCGACCAUGCAUAGAAGGAAAUCUCCAAAAUUACACUGAAGACAACUCGAUGAAGGUUCUGUUUGAAAAUGAUUCUCAAGACUGGGAUGACGACAAUAAUAACUAUCAAACAUGUGACAUUUCAACAAAUACGAAAAACUUAAAUCUUACUGAAAGCAGCACUCAAACUAAUACUACAGAUUAU